CGCAGACGAGGCGAAAAGUUAUGAUCACGAGUUCCAAAUGAAAGAUUCUGAGAAAUUCGAAGCCAGAGCUUUGGUUAAAGAGUAUGCAACGUCAGACGUGACGUAUCUGUCUGAUGGAGUAGAACAUAAUAAUGACGUAAUUUAUAUCGCCAAUGGCCAUUCUUCUGACAUUAAGAAGCCAUUGGACGAAGACAUAUCCCACAGACAUACAGACAAUUCAAAAACUAAUAAAUACAAACUAAUUACACUUGCAGUCGCUGAUGAGAACAUUAAUGAGACUAGGAUUUUAAAAAGCAAUUGUGGUGUGGGGAGUACAGUAGGAGACUUAAAGGAAUUAAAAUUAAUUGAAAUAAAUCUAGCUAGUAAGUGUCAUUCUAGGAUGGAUCACGCAGAGUAUCAUCCAGGAACAAGGACAGACUCUCGUAACGAAGCUCAAGUUCUCGGAAUGACUGAGAGCAGUAAACUGAAGACAGACCAGACGAAGACUUCUUCUGUACCCUUCUGUGGCCUCGAUGCUUCUUUGUAUCAGGAAAAAACCUUAAACCGCAAUGGCGAAACAAAUUUUCAGUCGAAAUUGUUCGCUGAUGUACGAGCUGACCUGGGUGCUCUAGUCAAAUCGAAAGAAGAUGCCAAAAUCGGCUGUGAUGAAAUCACGACCGAUGAGUCAUUUUUCGCAAAAGGUCUGAAGGUGAUACGAUCGGCUUUGGAUUUUUCGUUGCUGAGGAACUAUCUGGCAAUCUUGUACUUAUUCACAUUUGGUCUGCAUCACUCCUCCGUCUUCCUGGCCACCUACGUGCCAUCGUACGCCGUCAAAGUCGGGGUGUCGCAGCAGAACGCCGCCAUCCUGCUGACCAUCGUCGGAACAUGCGACGGGGCGUCUCGCGUGGCCUACGGGUUUUUCGCCGACCUCCGUCUUGUGAGACCCAGCCGGGUCCUGGCCGGCCUGUACAUGUUCCUGGGUCUCGUCUGCCAGUUCACGUCGCAGUUCACCACCCUGGGGGGUCUCGUCUUCCUAGCCGUGUCGUACGGCUGCUGUGGGUUGUCCCACCUGAGCCUCAACGCCCCGCUCAUCGUCGACUUUCUGGGCGUGGAGCACCUCGGCAAGGUCUUUGCCCUCGGGGCGUUGACGUCGUCAGUGUUUAUCUCAGUACAGUUCCCCGUGCAUGGUGAGUGAAUAGGUGAUACACACCAGUGAGUGAAUAGGUGAUACACACCAGUGAGUGAAUAGGUGAUACACACCAGUGAGUGAAUAGGUGAUACACACCAGUGAGUGAAUAGGUGAUACACACCAGUGAGUGAAUAGGUAAUACACACCAGUGAGUGAAUAGGUGAUACACACCAGUGAGUGAAUAGGUGAUACACACCAGUGAGUGAAUAGGUGAUACACACCAGUGAGUGAAUAUGUUAUAGACAUCAGUGAGUGAAUAUGUUAUACAAAUCAAUGGGGGAAAACAACUUUAAAGAAAAAGCUUCUGUUGCAUGUAUUUAUAUCCUCUUAUAAAGUGUUAAUUCCCAAAAAUUCUCCAUCUCUUUGAAUGCUUUCUUUAAUUCGUUGCUGAGUACAUAAAUGCUGGUGUCGAGUUCGGGGCCAAAAAAAUGCUGAAAAAGCACCCAAGAUCCCACCUCCAAAAAUAAACAUAGCGCAUAAAAAGUAUCCGUUCCCAUGCGUUCCUGCAGGACUCGACCCAUGUUAUUUAUGUAUACUGUAAAACGCAGAUUGUUCCACAAAAACUGACCGCAUCCUAAAAAAGUCUGGCUGCCUAUAAACAGACUCCUUCAUUAUCACUAUUCAGCCCGUGAUAGGGACGGGAUUCUUGUUAUUUUUUUACAUAGAUGUUCUUGUUUACAUAGAUGUUCUUGUUUACAUAGAUGUUCUUGUUUACAUAGAUGUUCUUGUUUACAUAGAUGUUCUGGUUUACAUAGAUGUUCUUGUUUACAUAGAUGGUCUUGUUUACAUAGAUGUUCUUGAAACUUCAGCACUUUUUGUUAUCACCUGCGCAUUUUGCUCUUUUGUUUCCAAAAUAAUUUUGGCUUCAAAAUCGGCAAAGCGGCCACGGGUGAAAUGGGCUGGGGGCGAAAUAACCAGAGGGUGAAAGGGCCUGAUGGCGAAAUGACACAGGGGAGGGGGGGGGGAAUGCGCAAUUAUGAAUUCUCAAAGAUCGUCCUGAUUUAAACCCACUACUAAUCACGUCUCAAAACAAAGAAGUCCAACCACGGCAAACAAUCAAACCCACUGUAGUCAUAUCACGUGAUAAAUGGUAUAAAAUGACGGUACCUAACUGGGGUUGGUAUAUUUUUUUUUCAUUCUGACCUCUUACAAAUACAACGAAUAAUUAAUAAAAAUUCAAUUCAUAUUUCGGGAAAACCCGCAUAUUUUUGGAAUGAUAUUUCAACCCGAUGACUACUUGCCAUAAUUUGUCCGUUGAAUAUCUUGGGAAUACCUCUAAAGAUUUGAUGAUUAAAAAAAAAAAAUAAAAAUAAAUAUUAAGAUGAUUUUUUUUCUUUCUUUCAAAGAUGAAUAAAUGUAGCAUUUUAUGAAUCCCCCAGGUGUGCUGAUUGAGGCCACGGACAGCUUUGUCGCAUCUUUCCACUGGAUCGGUGCUACGUUCAUUCUGAGCUCCCUGUGUUUGCUGUCAGAGCCAGUGGUCAGACGGCUGGAGACUAAGAGGGCGAAGUAAGGGAAGCUCAACGGUGUGCUAGCUCUAUGGAAACGUCGACAGGUGGUAUGAACUGACUGGCAAGGUGUGGAGCAACGGAAACGGUGUGGAGCCACUAGACAAGGUGUGACCCACUAGACAAGGUGUGACCCACUAGACAAGGUGUGACCCACUGGACAAGGUGUGACCCACUGGACAAGACGUGACCCGCUAGACAAGGUGUGACCCACUAGACAAGGUGUGACCCACUAGACAAGACGUGAC